GCAAUUCCUACGUCCCACCUGUUACAUGUUGCCAUGGGAACGUUUUCCCAUGGUUUCUCUGUGACAAACAAAUUAUUAUGACAACCACUAGCAGUAGUAUUUUGUAACGCGAGACCUUGGUGUUUGCUUCUUUUUUUUUGGGAAACCGUAAAACCCAGUUGAACCAGAGCUCUAGAUAUGGAUUCUGAGGAAACUCUCGUUAAACGACAACAUUCCACCGAAUAUUUCGACACUGUGAUCGGACACAUCGAAGAUAUUGUGAUCGGGGACGAGUUUCAGACAAUGGUCAAUCAGUUCAUGGACUGCUACUAUCAUCUGUUCGAGCAGGGCGAGGAAAACAAAAUUAUUUACACGGAAGUCUUCCAAAAGUAUACCAAUCUGAUCGAGACAUUCAUCGUGGAGAGCUUGAACGAGAAGAUGAACUACUUCGAUAUGGAUUUAUUUGCCCUGGAGUUGGAAAACAAAAAGUCCCAGCUAGAUGGGGAAAUUUUCGAGUUGCUGUCCACGUUGACCGACUUUCUUGCCUUCAAGGAUAUGGUGUUGGAUUACAAAGCAUUCAAGGAGGGAGUGUAUGACGACUUGAAUAAGGAUUUCAGCGUUACCAGUCUGCAAAAGUGAAUCACUCGCAUCUUAUGAUUAUUUUCGACAAUUUAUUUACUCCUAGUUUAGAGCAUAAUGGUUCAGAAUAAAUCAGACGUAACUUUAGUGCAUGAGAAUUUCCGUCUGCACCAAGCGAUUGUUGGUAUCACCGGGCAUUCGGUAUGGAACGGUCGCAGCCAUGUUGGUGAGGGCCUUCGCUUGGUCUCGGAGGUAACCCAAUUGCUGUAAGACAGAGCCGGAUCAUUAUAUAACUCUUCGUAGAGUCACCAUCAUGCGAAUACGAACCUUCUCUCUGCCAGAAUCAUCAUAUUUGACAACGUCUUUCCCCUUUAGAGCUUUGUACUUGUUGUAUGCAAUAUCCAUGGUAGCCAGCAGUAAGUCAGGAAUAACUUUACAUACUUCUCCUCCAAGGCGUUUGAAGUUGUGCACGCAAGCCUCCAAGUCCAGCAUUUUCAAGGGCACCAACUUAAUCCGCUCCAGCACCUCCAAUGCGGGCUGAUAAUUUUUGUUGUGAUAGUGAUCGAAAAAGAUAACCAAUUCCUUCAACAAAUUAAACGUCGACCAAGUUUGCGGGUCACAAUUUUUCUCGGCCCCCGCAUACCGUUCGGUGAAUUCCAGCGCACACCGCUGCAAACGCUCCCGCAGCGAGCCCGGUUUGUUGGGCUGAUGAACAACUUGGGACAGCAAGAUGGAAGAAUAACGCAGCGCUUGCUCGUGAUUGCCGGCCAGAUCGAACAGCUUGAUGGCAUCCUCGAACAUACCCUUCUUCACGAACUCCUCCGCAAUCAUCUCGCAAGCCAUUCUAGCGUCAAUGCUGCUGUUUUCGAACUGAUCGAUAAGUCCCCGGGACCGGAUUCCAUCGCGCUGCAUUUUGCCAAAUAGCAAAUCAAAGUCGCGACAUUCGAUAGCCAAAUCCGACACGCAAACCAGAAACAAAUUGCGCCCCUCGGUGUCCUUCAGGUUGCGCAGGAAGAAGAAAUACUGCAGGGCCUCAGCUGGAUCGGUGAUUUCGAACUUUUUCACAUACAACAUAAUGAGUCGCGCGAUGUUCAACCUCCGCAUCGGUUGGGGAUCUUCAAUGUCGACGGAUACUGGAAAUUAAUUUCGAAAUGAUUAUUAUGGCACGUUUACAUUAGGGAGAUCUAUAGCUAUCCGCGUUGACGGCAUUGAGCUUCGUAUUACGAAAUGGGGAAGUAGGCAUGACAAUAUGGGUUUGCAAAAGAAAUGAACACACUUUCAAAAUUAAAAAUUAUAAAUGAAAGUUAUUUUUCCCAAAUCAAAUUAGUACUCUAUGUAAAUAAAAAUCACUUUUGCUUGUAAG